CUAAAAUAAUACCACACACACAGAGGAAGAGAAACUGCAAGGAAAGAAGACGAGGAGGAGGAGGAGGAGGAGGAGCAGUGUUUCAAGAUCUUGUCAGAUCGAGCUACAAAAAGAAUCUUGUGAUGGGGAGAGAAGUCAAGGGUGUGCGCACGGCCACUAAGCCAAAUGGUGCGGUCAAAUCCAAUGGUAAUUCGGGAGUUUCAGAAGGAACUGACAACAAGAAGUUGAAUACCGCCGCAUCGAAAUCCUCUGGUACUGGAAAUACUCAAGCACACCUGAGUCCUUCCAAAGCUGCUGCAAAUGGCACCGCAAAUGCUGACUAUACACCUUCCCCUACCAAGGAUUCUGAGACAAACUCUCCAAAGACUCCUCUGAUUACAAGGAAGCAUGAUGAUGAUGAUGAUAAUUGGUCCGUCACUUCCUCUACUACUGCAUCUGUUCGAACUGCUAGAUCGAGAGUAACAAUCGGGACUGCUCCGACAUUUAGAAGUGCUGAACGUGCCGAGAAACGGAAGGAGUUUUACCAGAAGUUAGAGGAAAAACACCAAGCUCUGGAGGCCGAGAGACAGCAGUAUGAGGCCCUUAAGCAGGAAGAGCAAGAAGCAGCCCUUAAGCAGCUGCGGAAGAACUUGGUCGUCAAAGCGAAUCCAGUACCUAGUUUCUACUACGAACGACCUCCACCAAAGGUUGAACUGAAGAAGCUGCCAUUAACUCGGCCAAAGUCACCAAAUCUUUCCCGAAGAAAGAGCUGUGGCGAUGCAGUCCACCUAUUCGAGGAAGAAAAGCCAAAAGCUUGUUGCCAGGGCCACCGCCACCGCCACAGCUUUGGUGGUAACCAUAGGGAACAAAUCGAUCCUGCAGAUGAGCUCAAAUUUAAAGGUCAGAAGAAUGGAGUGGGCUGUAAUGGAGGUGGCAAGUUGAAAGAUCGAGUGAAAAAGGUAAAGGAUGCGACGAAAUCUUCUAAACUGGCAGAGGAGAGUAACGCUAACAUCACCGUGCAGUCAUGAACAUCUGGUUUUUCACUUCUAACUCAUCGGUCUUGAAUCUCCCUAGUUCCCAUAUGAAUGUCUUGAAAGGAAUUUAGCCUGUUUUCUUGUCAGCAGCAAUGACUUGUGUCUUCUUUCUUCUAAAACGGUUUGUGUUGAAGUGAAUUGUAUAUGUUCUGUAAGUUAUGUUGUUACGUAUAAUCUUUGCCGUAUAUGAAAGAGUUGUUAGAUUAAUAUUUG